UUCCGAUUUCAGAGUGGUGGUUUGGAUUGUGACAAUUUGUGAUUCUGUUUAUUAUGAAAUUAAUACUAGGAUGUUAAAAACCUUUAUCGUAUUUAUAUUUUAUUUUGCUUGUUACUAGUGAAGGCAGUGCUAAACAAUUGCUUGUAGUGCGCCAGUACCUUAUAAGAUAUGGUUAGAGAAAAUGUGAAUUAUCCAAACUAAUCAGUGUUGGGUUGUUAUUUUAUAUAUUUCCUAACAUCUGUUGUUUAUAUCAAGUAUUUUAUGCUUAGCCAAAUUAAGCGCCUGAUUUAAAAAGUCAAAUUACGAAAUUUGUUAAUUAUAUUAAAUCAUCAAUGUGUAUUAAUGUUUACAUUUACAUGUAAAAAUCAAAAUUUUAAAGAGGAAACUUCGCAAUAGUGUACCAGGUGGUUCUUCAGAAUAUUUACACCAAAGUAGACGAAAGUUCUGAGAUGUGCAGGAAUAAUAAUAAGAAGUAAGGCUGAAUCUUCGACGGCAUUGAUGAAUUCUGAACCAAACAAAGAAUACUUGAAAUUAACUGAGAUAUAGAAUCAGAAGUAAUGAAAUGUUGCCUCGGAAUUCGUAGCCUAUGCAGAAGAAAUGUAUUUUACAAUUAUCAAAAACUUAAUACAGCUCUUUCAAAUACUUAAAUUUAUUUGCAUUGCAAUUUUUUGCUGUUAAAAUUUUUUAAAUGGCAAAAUUCGGAUGAUAAAUGCCGUAAAAACAUUGCAAUGCAAUUGAAACCGUCCUCGGAACAACUACCAAUAUGUCUCAUCACAUAAAACUCCAUAACGAAGAGUCUGAUAUUCGUAUUUUGAUACCGUCAAAUGACAAAGGGAUAUGCGAGAAUGAUUUCACUCAAAUACGGCUUUGGGUACGUCGCAAAAAAACAAGUUUCUUAUAUUUAUUAAAUAUUUUCCUGUUAUUAUAUUGCGCAAUUUCGAGCACUGUAGCUGCAUUGAAUGAUAGCAGCAAUCGGAAUAAAAAUGUCAGCAGCGGUUUUAAAAGCGCAUCAAUCAUCGCAAAUAAUACAGCCCAUGUAGGAAUGCAGUUUUUGUCUAGUGACAUCAUUGCACAAUUUAGUCUACCUUCAGUGACUCGAGAGGCGGAUAACAACGAAGGAGAAUCAUAUAGUACGGCUUCCACAGUAAAAAAUUCCUUAAAUACAUACAACCAGUCAGUCCCUAUAAUACUUCAUGGUUCACAGUUGAAAAAUUAUUUCACCCAUUUGGCAUACGAUUUUAAACGAAAAGUGUUUUAUGCCGGUGCAACUAAUAAAAUAUUACAGUUAAAUGAAAAUAUGCGGGUAUUGUCUCAGUCAAUAAGUGGACCAAAAUUUGAUUCGCCCCAAUGCCAUGCCAGUGGAUGCCCUGAUGAUGUCGAAACCACGUUAGUGAAUAAUCACAAUAAAAUUUUAAUUCUUAGUUAUACACAGGGAGAAGGAACACUAAUUGUAUGUGGCAGUGUGCGACAAGGUGCCUGCGAGAUGUACAAUCUUACAAAUUUUCCUAACUCACCGCAAUUUAUUGAAACUCCUAUGGCCGCAAAUGACGAGUUUGCUUCUACGUAUGCGUUUGUAGGGCCUGCAAAAUAUUCUUGGAAAAAUGAAGAUAUUCUUUAUGUUGGGACAACGUUUACAAAUGUCGGCGAUUAUAGGCACGACGUGCCUGCGAUCUCAUCACGUCGUUUGGACGAUUUAAACUAUGUUGAAUUUUCCAUACAGCAAUCUAUUAUUAAUAUUGAUGUAAAAUAUCGAGAUCACUUUCUUGUCAACUAUGUAUAUGGUUUUAAUUCGUCAGAGUAUGCCUACUUCGCACUGGUGCAGAAAAAAUCUCAUUUAGCUGACGAAGCCGGUUAUGUCACGCGAUUGGCGCGAAUAUGCGUGACGGAUCCGAAUUACGACACUUAUACUGAAGUGACUAUCCAAUGUCUUGCAACUAAGGGCAAUAUUGAUUAUAACAUCCUACGCGAUGCAAAAAUUACACAAGCCGGACAAAAAUUAGCACAAAAAAUGGGUAUUAAACGUGACGAUGCUGUGCUAGUCGCUGCUUUCUCACCGUCAAAUGAAAUUACCGAUCAAGCCGAGGCUAACUCGUCUCUUUGUCUAUAUAGCUUGAAAAAUAUUGAAGAAGUAUUUAAUGAGAACAUCCAUAUGUGCUUUAAUGGUACAAUCAAAGACCGCAACUUGGGUUAUAUAUCAGGUACGAUUGAUGAUGGUCACUGUCCAGUAGCAGGGACCAUAGGGAACAUUCAAGACUUCUGCACGGUUGGUUUAAAGAUUAGUGGAUCAUCUCCCAUAACGGCACAAGCACUAUUUCAUUUCGAGAAUGUUAGUGUUACGUCGGUAACUGCAACAACUACUGGUCCACAUUCUAUAGCUUUUUUGGGUACUGAAAUUGGUACAAUUAAAAAGAUAUUAAUAUCAGGUAAUAAUGCAGGCGAGUAUGAAGAAAUAGACGUAGAUCCCGGAAACCGGAUCCUUCCAGAUACCAUGAUGUCUGCUAAUAAGGACUUCCUGUAUGUACUAUCAAAGCGGAAGAUAACGAAAUUAAGAAUUGAACACUGCUCGCAUUACACAAGCUGUUCUUCUUGCUUGGAAUCACGCGACCCUUUCUGCGGCUGGUGUUCUUUGGAAAAGCGUUGUACUGUACGAUCCACAUGUCAGAAAGACACAUCUGCUGCACGUUGGAUUUCAUUAGGAAGUGGACAACAAUGCAUCGAUUUCGAGUCAAUUGUUCCCGAUAAAAUACCGAUUACUGAAAUAACGCAAGUACAGCUAGUAAUACGUACGUUGCCAGACCCGUUAAAUGCUAAAUAUCGUUGCGUGUUCGGAAAUUCAAAUCCAAUCGACGCUGAUGUACUCGAAAACGGAUUAGCUUGUAUGACCCCACCUUUGGAUGAAAGACCUAAUAUAGGAUCAAAUUUAGAUCAUGUUCUGGUUCCUCUCUCAGUUCGGAGCUCCGAAACAAAUAAAGACUUUGUAUCACGUUCCUUUGCUUUUUUCGAUUGUUCGCGACAUAGUACUUGCCAAAAAUGUGUUCUAAGUAUAUGGGGCUGCAAUUGGUGUAUAUAUGAUAAUAAAUGUGUCCAUAAAAUGGAGCAGUGUAGAAAUAUGGAAAACAUUGUUAGUACCGAAGACGUCUGUCCUCAUUUAAAACCCUAUUUACAACCAAUACUAUUACCUGUACAAGUGCCAAAAGAAAUAAGACUAGAAAUUGAGAACCUUCCAAAGCCAAAAAGUGCUCACUCUGGAUUUCUAUGCACCAUUCAAAUAGAAACAUCUCAAAUGCUUUUACCAGCUAGAAUAGAAUCCAAUAAAAUCGUAGUUUGCGAGAAGACACCGUACUUUUAUGAAACGAAUACUCAUGAAUACGAGGCUAAAGUGGAUAUUACAUGGAAUCGACUACAUUAUGUGGACACGGCAACCAUAAUUUUGUACAAAUGUGAUAUUUUAGGAUCACAUAGAGAGCACGCAGACUGUAGCUUAUGUGUAACAAGGGACCCAAAAUAUCAAUGUGCGUGGUGUGGUAAUUCGUGUGUUUAUAAUGAAACUUGUUCAUCUGAUGCGUUCGAGAAUGCUGUUGCUUUAUAUGAUCCGACAUUAUCAAUGGCUCGUGUUCAUGAGUGCCCCCGUCCUCGCAUUGAUGUAAUAAAACCAUUAUCUGGUCCGAUAGAGGGAGGAACUUUAAUAACUAUUGAAGGCAGCAAUUUAGGCAUUCGGGAAGAGGAUGUUCGUGGAAAAAUAUCCGUCGGCAAAGUUCCAUGUGAACUAGUGAGUUACGAAAUAUCUGUGAAAAUCGAAUGUCGUACGGGUGCUGUUGCGCACGAGUUUUCUGCUCCUAUAAAAGUUGCAAAUGAAGCUGGCUAUACGGAAUCCACUGUUCAGUUUCACUUCAAAAAUAUUCAACUUAAUGGAUUACAACCAACCAUAGGACCAAAAUCAGGAGGUACACAAAUCUCUCUUAUAGGAAAGUACCUUAAUAUCGGCUCUCAUAUACGUGCAUUUUUAGACGAGUAUGAAUGUCAUAUAAAUGUUACGCAAGCAUCUUCGUCUCGUUUAACUUGCAUUACAUCCGAAUCUACACAACCGGAACCAAUACGAACUUUGCGUUUGGUUGUUGAUGGUGCUAAUCGUACAUACACGUGUAACAAUCCAAUAUUUCCCCUAAUUCAUUCGAAAGGAAACUUUUAUAGUCAACAUCAAAUCGUAUCAACUGAACAAGAUAAUGCUUAUCACUAUCAAAUACCCACACCCAGAGUUUGUUCAAUUUUUAAUUACACGCAAGACCCACGAAUAAUGCAAAUAAAACCCCUUAGAAGCUUUGCAAGUGGUGGCAGAGUUUUAACUGUGCAUGGGUUAUACCUUAAUUCGAUACAGAAACCUGAAAUAGAAGUUACAAUUGAUAAUGAGUAUGUUAAUAAAAGUGCUUGUAUAGUGAUUAAUUCAAAUCAGAUGGAGUGCCCUUCGCCAUCAGUGCAUUUAAAGUUUGUGGAAUACAAAGUUUCGUUGGAGCAAAUGCAAACAGUGUCUUCAAGUCCAUAUGCUUCAUCAUUGGGGAGAUAUGGUACUGACAUUUUUAACAAAGGUAGCACGCAAAGUAGAGAUUAUUCUUCAUACACCACAAUUAGCAACUCGACAAAUGGGUAUUUUUCUGAACAAGGUGUGACUGCUGAGGCUGCCACUUUUGUAAAAACGCGUGAAACACAGCUAAAUUUGCAAAUUGGUUUUAUCAUGGAUAAUGUGCAUUGGGUACGCGAUCUGAGUAAAUAUUUCCAAAAUAUUCGGAGCACUAUCGUUUAUGUAACCGACCCAAAAUAUACUCCGUUUCCCGGUGAUGUUAAGCUUUAUAAAGGUGAUACUCUUGUAAUCGAGGGAGAACAAUUAAAUAUUGCUGCUGACGAAUAUGAUGUUAAUGUAACAAUUGGUACUUCGCCUUGUAAUAUUACCAGUUUAGCAUUGAAUCAAUUAGUUUGCAUUCCCCCAGAUAAGCAACCCGCACCAACUGACGAAAAUGGUUUAGAGCAGCCGAACUCUUUACCUUUAGUUAUUGUAAGGGUUGGUAGAAAUUUACGUUUUGUUAUUGGCCACCUAAAAUAUGACUUACAUAAGUCGUACUCCUUCUCAAAUGCACUGGUAGCUAUCGUUAUCGCAAUUUUAAUAGCACUAGCGGCUUUGUUUGUAGUUCUUGUUAUAUACAGACGAAAAUCAACACAAGCAGAAAGGGAAUAUAAACGUAUACAAAUUCAAAUGAUCACAUUAGAAAGCAAUGUGCGCUCAGAAUGCAAGCAAGCAUUUGCAGAAUUGCAAACCGAUAUGACGGACCUGGCCGCUGAUUUGGAGAGUAGCGGAAUACCGACCCUUGACCAUGUCAAUUACAUAAUGAAAGUAUUUUUUCCUGGAGUUUCUGAUCAUCCCAUUUUAGUGGCACCAAAGCUACGAAUGAAUACUCCCCAUACUCCAUAUGAUACAGCAAUGCUACAGUUCGAACAAUUAAUAAGCAACAAAUAUUUUUUGUUAGCUUUCAUCGAAACGUUAGAGUGCCAAAAAACGUUCAAUAUCCGAGACAAAGUUAAUGUGGCUUCCCUGGUAAUGAUCGUUUUAAUGAAUAAAAUGGAAUAUGCAACGGAAAUUUUAAAAUGUCUAUUAUUACGUUUAGUAGAUAAAUCGGUGAUGGGGAAACAUCCACAUUUAAUGUUGCGUCGUACUGAAAGCGUUGUUGAAAAAAUGCUUACAAAUUAUAUGGCAAUUUGUAUGUAUGACUACUUAAAAGAAUAUGCUGGGUCGAGUUUAUUUCUUCUUUUCAAAGCAAUUAAGCAUCAAAUAGAAAAAGGUCUUGUAGAUGCUGUUACACACGAAGCGCGGUAUUCAUUAUCGGAACAGCGCUUACUUCACGAACAAAUUCCACAUUCUGUUGUAGUAUUACAAAUUGUUCAGGAUGAUCUUGAUGAAAAAAUCCAUUGCAAAGUGCUUGAUUGGGAUACUAUUUCCCAAGUGAAAUCGAAAAUACUGGAUGCCCUAUUUAAAAAUACACCGUUUUCUUGCCGGCCAUCAGUUCACGAAGUCGAUUUAGAAUGGCGCCAUGGACGAGGGGGUCAUUUAACACUGCAAGAUGAGGAUUUAACAACAAAGACAAUAAAUGGUUGGAAGCGUCUUAAUACCUUAGCACAUUAUGGAGUCAAGGAAUCGGCGGUUAUGUCAUUAAUAGCACGGCAAGGUGAUGGGUACCAUAUUCACUACAAUAAACAACCACCAUAUCACAAUUUUUUUUACAUGAAAAAUUCCCAAUCUCAUAUUAUUAUUAAUAACGACAUAGAAAGCGGUCUUCAACUACCACGGGUAUUUCACUUGGUGAAACCAGAUGUGCCCGACAAUUACAUGAAUAUAAAAAAUGCUGUAUUUUCUGGGGGCACUGUGAGUACAACAACAUGCAGUGCAUCUAAUGAGCGCGUAAACAAAACAAUACCAGAAGUUUAUUUAACAAGAUUAUUGGCAACAAAAGGCACGAUACAAAAAUUUGUUGACGAUUUCUUUGCAACCAUAUUAGCAAUAAACGAAGAAUUACCUCCGGCUGUAAAGUGGCUAUUUGAUCUUCUGGACGAAGCCGCACGAAGACAUGAUGUUGACUUAGAAGUUUUACAUGCAUGGAAAUCUAACGGUUUACCUUUGCGAUUCUGGGUAAAUUUUAUAAAAAAUCCGGACUUCAUUUUUGAUGUAAAUAAGACGAUAACGUUAGAUUCCUGUUUGAGCGUAAUAGCGCAAACAUUUAUGGAUGCUUGUUCCACAUCAGAACACCGAUUGGGUAAAGAUUCGCCUUCAAACAAGUUAUUAUUUGCUAAGGAUAUUCCACAAUACCGUAAGAUGGUUAGACAAUUUUACCGCGAGGUUACCCGCUUGCCACAGAUAAGUGAUCAAGAAAUGUAUACAGCUAUGCAGCAAAUAUCAGUGCAACAGAGUGAUGAAUUUGAUACAAUAGCGGCUCUGAAAGAGCUAUAUAUAUAUGUUACAAAAUACUGGGAUGAA